UACGGGCCACGGGUGAAGGCGGGUGUCCCGUACCGACGGGCUUUCAAGUAGUUUACAUUUUUACAAAAAAUAUAUACAUCCUUGUCGUUUACGAUCGUGGAUUCCGGUUAAUUCGAAAGAAUACAUCACAAUGGAUCCAGCGCCGUUGUCGAAGACGGCUAAGUACAAGAAGAUAACAAAGCCGCUUUUGGAGAGGAAGCGGCGCGCGCGCAUCAACCGCUGCCUCGACGAGCUCAAGGACCUCAUGGUGGGCGCUUUAGAGAUCGAUGACGACAACUUGAGCAAGCUCGAAAAGGCCGAUAUUCUCGAGCUAACAGUAAACCAUCUCACGAAACUCCACACCCCUAAAGACCCAGUGUUAGAAGCGAAGAAGUUUCAAGCAGGAUUCGGCCAAUGCGCUGCCGAAGCAUGCAGAUUCAUCAUGUCGGUGCCGGAUUUAGACGAGAAAGUCAGUCAGAAUCUGAUCAGUCACUUGUCAAGGCUGAUCACGUCUCAGCCGCUGACUAUACAUGUGCCGGAAAGACCGCCUUUUUCACCGCCCACCUCCCCGUCUUCAGUUUUAUCAGACCGCCAUCAUUACUACAGCGAUCACGACCGAUCCUCCUCCGAUGCAGAAGAUUCAGUCUAUUCUGGAGAUGGAGCGAAACAGUGGUCUUAUUCUAGACAGGCCAGAGCACAGCCUAAGCCCUACCCAAUGGCAGGCCUUCUUACGACAGUCGAUAAAAUGCAACAGCCUCCACAAGAGCACAGUUCCGGACGUAAUGGCUACUUCAAUAGAGUCCCAGCAGAAGCGAAAGAUGCGAUCUUACAGAAAAUAAGACAGCACAUUAUGGACAAACGGGGAAACGAACACAACGCAAUUGUUGACUUCAACGAGCAACCGGAAGCAAAAUAUUUGCCCCCAGAAGACGCAUACAGAGCUGAAUACGAAUAUCAAAUGGCGUCCUAUCCUAGCAACAACGACACACUAGACUUAAGAAAGAUAAAGUCACCAGCUUCAGUGAGCGAGGUCGCACAUUCGCCGAAAAACUUUGAACAACGCAACGUCAAUGAAGAAUCGACGGUUCAAAGUAAACCCAAUGCGGCCAGUCUUCCGGAACAUUGCGAAUCGCCGAUGGAUUAUAGUAACUUGCCGCCAAAAAAGAAAAGGAAACUGAUCGAGUACCAAGAGUACAAAAAACAGGAGGAGGCUAAACGACAACUUGACGCUUUUUAUGCCGAGAAAAAAGAUCACCUUCGGCCGGGACCUCCGGCGGACGACUUGGACGUCAACAAAUGGCGCCCGUGGUAACAGUCAUAAUGUCAUUAUUAUUGUGAUAUUUCUUCCAUUAUAAAGCUUUAAUUUGUUUAAGUUUAUAUAAUAAUGUUUUAAUUAGUAUAAGACUCAAUGUAGUGCCUUAAUAAUUUUAAGCCAGUUAAGACGGGUUGUAAUUACAUCGCCGUGCCAUUUAUUUGAUCUCGUCUUCCUUAAAAUUUAAGAUUUUUUUUGUAAUCUUCCAAAACAAGAUUGAUCUACGUUUUAUUGACUAUAAUUUAUUUCAACCUCGCCUUCAUAAAUAUUGAAGGUUUACUUAUUACUAUUUAUGACAUAUGUUAUAUCAGUGUGAUUAUAUAUUGAGAAAUAAAAUUGAUAUGAUAAAAUAAAAACUACUUUUCUUUAAAAAA